CUUAAAUUCACAUGAUCUGCAUUUAAAAUUGAUACUUGAUAAAAGGUUUAAAAAAAUAUCGCAUCAAUUUUUACCAAUGUUUGGUUACAUUCCUGAAACAGCAGUUUUAAACAAGAAAACUACUACUAUAACCGAGAACGUACUUGUAGCAACGCCAGACAAAAGUAAGCUACAUGAUACAAGAGUAAGAAGAUAUACAGCUCAGGGAUCAAUGUGGAAGAAAUCGGAUUUAACAUGGAAACUAUUAAAUGAUAACAACGACAAUUUGAGUCGAAAUCAAGUAGAAGACGCCUUACAGCAAGCUUUUGCAAGAUGGGAAGCAGUAACAAAUUUACUUUCACAAACUUGAGAAAAAUAGCAAUGAAUAUGCCGAUAUUGAUGUAUCCUUUGUAUAUCGUUUCCAACAGAAACAACGAGAUCCCUCUCUUUUUUAUGGAACUGGUGAUGUUUUAGCCCAUGGUUAUUAUCCAAACAAUAACAAAGGCAUAUCUGGUGAUCUUCAUUUCUAUGAUGAAACGCACUUCACUCUUGGUACAACUAAAGGUAUAAACUUACUAUGGGUAGCUGUACAUGAAAUCGGACAUUGUAUUGGAUUAGAACAUUCCAGCGUAGAAAAUUCUAUUAUGUACCCUCGGUAUAAAGGAUACAUGGGAGAAAAUUUUACUCUAUCAAAAGAUGAUAUUUUAGGAAUAAAAUCAAUAUACGGUUCUAAAACGCAAAUUAGCACUAUGAAACCAAUUAUUACAACAACAAAGGUUUCAAAAAGCAAUCUGAAAAAUAUGUGUUCAAUGAAAGGAGCUGUAUUCGAGGAAUUAUCUGGGAUUACGUAUGUGUUCCGUGGUGAUAAAGUCUAUAAGAUUGAUCAGUGGUUGAAAAAUGUUGAUGGUCCAUUCCCUGUUACUCGUUUUUUGCCUAAUGUUAAAAUUGUUGAUUCCGCAUACAUAAGUAGAAAAUCAGAAGUAAUAUUCUUUAAAGGAACAAGCUACUAUAUUUACUCAAGUUUGUCGAAACUAAUUCUUCUCGAAAGCGGAUCUAUUUUUAAAAAGUUCAGAGGAUUAAGAAAUGAUACAAAACAUAUUGAUGCCGCUUUCCAUUGGCCUGUAAACAGAAAAACAUAUCUUUUUUCUGGAGAUCUAUAUUAUAAGUUCAGCGAAUCAAACCUUCCACAUCGUGGUUACCCUCGAGAAAUUAGUAAAAGAUGGAAAAAUGCGCCAUCAAAAGUUGUUUCUGUACUUGUUUGGAAGAAUAAAAAGACUUAUUUUUUUAAAGGUUCCAAAUAUUAUCGUAUAAACGAUCGGGGCGAGGUAGAAAAUUAUUAUCCAAAAAGCAUAUCUGGUUCAUGGAUGCAAUGUUAACGGAAGUUAAAGCAAAAACAAUUAAU